AUGUCCACCGACUUGCACCUCCAACACGACUUGCCCAAGCUCCGAAUAGCCGCCGUCAAAAUCGACGACGUCCCCUCCGACCACCACCUUGACACCCUCGUCUCCUCUGUCGUCACGCGAGUUGAGAACGAAAGUGAUGAAGAGGGAACCGUCACCGUCACUGCCGCCGUUGCCGACGAGGAAAGCUAUCGUACUCCGACCUCCAAGGAGAGCAAAAUUCCGGCGAUCAUGACGUGUCCGCCGGCGCCACGGAAGCCGAAGGCUUUCGCCUCGUGCAAAAGGAAGCUUCUUGACGAUUUUCAGUUCUUCGAUGUGACGAAUAAAGAGGACAUGGACGCGUUUUUCAGAUCCACUUUUCCCAAAAGGAGCUGCACUUGUACAUGA